CUAUCGUACACGUCAUUAUCAUUAAUCAAUGAUCAAACCUGCAAUAUACCGAAUUUCAAAUGGUAGUCAUAUUCCUAUAAUAUAAAGCCAUAAGAACGAUGGUGAAGACGAAAUAUAUCAAAUAAUCUCAUCGGAGGAUUGUCAAGAAAGUUGAAACGUGCGUGGUCAAGCUACAAUACGUUUUUAGAGAAAGUUAUUUUUUACAAGAAUUUUUUAUGGCGUUGGAAUUGCGCCUGACUGGUUGAUCAUCCUAACUUCAAGCGUGGUUUUUUCAAGUCUAAUUUCAACAGUAAACUGGGUUACUUUUCCCAAUUUAAAAACGUUGCUUUCUAGACAAUAUUUCAUAAUACAAUGAAACGUCCACCAUUGUUACCGUGCUUACCAGGAUAUAAUUUUGAUAGCAAGAUCGGUCAGACAAAAUUUAACAGGUCACAACAAUUUGACAAAAUUCACGAUGGCGUGUAUUAUCUUUCCGAAAAAUUGAAAUCAGGCAUUGGCGGUGAAUCGUCGCCAUUUACACGUCCUAGUCGUUAUCCAUCCAUAUAUCCUCGUGGGGAAGAUCAGGUUCUUCCGCCAUGGUUAGCCUUUGAUGGUCAGAGAUUGAUGUUUAAGGCUUACUUUCAAGAAACUGUUCAAGAGCGAUGGGAAGCCUCGUUCCAAAUUCGUGUAGUAACAAUCAGCUUCUUUUUGGAAGACGGAACAAUCAAAGUUUCUGAACCGGCAGUGGACAAUAGCGGCUUAGAGCAAGGCGUGUUGAUACGUCGACAAAGAAUACCAAUGCCUGAUCCAGUUCGAUAUCGGUUUUACGAUAUUUUGGAUCUAAAUGUGGGGAAAGAACCCGAAUUUUUUGGAAGAGUUUACAAAAUUGUAGACUGUGACAAGUUCACUAGAAGAUUUUUGAACCGUAUAGGAAUACCUGUACCUGAUCCCAUAGACAUUCCAACAGAUCCGUACAUAGAACGACGCAAGACCGAAAUUUUUCCAAAAAAACCUAAUCGUAAAAUCGACAGUUUGGGAAAGUUUUUAAAAUUUGACAGAAAAAUUCUUCGAUUUUAUGGCUAUUGGGAUGAUACUGAAAGUGAACAUGGUGUCAUUCAUGAUCUUGAAAUUCAUUAUUACUUAGCCGAUGACACCAUUGAAAUUAAGGAACAUGUUCCUCCGAAUUCCGGCAGAGACACUGGAUUCAUGUUUCUCCGUCGAAUGAAGAUACCAAAAUUUUUCUCCAGAAUUGAACCAAUUGGUGCCGAAGAUCCUUUCACCAUGUUAAAUGUCCUUGGGGAAAAUAAUUCCAAGAGUUAUUACGUAGUCGACCCUUUGGAUACAGGACGACUUUCUAGAGACUAUUACAAAGACAAUGAUUUAAUAAUUGGUGCUCAAAUCAGUGUGUUUGGUAGAAAAGUAGUUAUUACCGAUCUCGAUGAUUUUACCAAAAAAUAUUAUAGUCAAAAAUACGGCUUGGACGACUUUACUCCAUUGGAACGUGCAGAUGUAAAAAAAGACAAGACCACGUGUUACAGUGUUGAAAAAAUCAUUCCUCCUUAUAAUGGUUUUGGAUCAUACGAUGAUUCUCUUGGAAAUUGUUUUACAGUCACACCUCAGGCACCCAAAGUAGAUUUCGUAAAAUUCUACUAUCAUGACAAACAAGGAUUUGACAGUCACGUGCUCAGAUUUCGGGCAAAAAUGAUAUCAAAUAUACCUGAGAAUUCGGAACGUCAUUUUAUCAUCAGAGUUUAUCUAAUGGAUGACACCGUGUCAGUUUUUGAACUGGCACCCAGGAAUUCUGGCUUCAAGAGGUGUCUUUUCCAAAAAAGAAUGCCGGUAAUGUUGCCGGGUCAAAAUAUUUACACAAAUAAAAAACCAAAGUACUACGUACCUUCGGACUUUUAUGUCGGCGCAAGAGUGAAUCUUUGUGGUUUUCAUUUUCAAUUGACAUCAGCUGACAUAUACGCACUCCGUUACAUGGAAUUGCACUGUGACAAGUUUCCAAAAUCGAAUAUCAAAUUGAUUAUGGAGAAAUUACGAAAAGCCCUCAAGCCGAUAUACAAAGAUUUCAUACGCGAUUAUAGUCCAGCACCAAUGGAAGGAGACAUGCAAAUUUGGGAAUACAAAAAAUUAAGGGAAGCCUUAUGCAAGUACCUUGGCGAUAACAUAACCGAGCAAGAAAUGAUAACGAUUGCCCGUCAUUAUUCGUCCCAUGAAAAAAAAGAUUUUUAUUCACGCGAAUACGUAAGACGUCUCGUGCAUACGGAGCUUACUCGGUUUCUUUGGGACGACUUGGAUCGACUUACCGAAGCUAUUCACCAUUGGGAUAGGUCAAGAUCUGGAUAUUUACCACGUUCGGAGCUCUACACGAUUCUUCGUGGCUGUCGAAUACCCAUAGACAUUGAGCUUCUGAAUUCGAUGUUGGAUCACCUCCACAAGAAUAACGAAGGACUAAUCGACUGUUGCGAUUUAUUGAGAUUUAUGAAUACUAAAAUUGAUCCUGUCACUCCAGUGCUUCCAGUCAAUGUCAAGACUGCAUUAUGGUGGGCUUCGGAAAAAGAACCAGAUUGUGGUGCUGGGAUGGAUUGGUGUACAUUCUUAAAGGAUCUGGAUCUAAAGGACGACGAAAACGAUGAAAGUUUCACGUCAGCAUAUAAUGCCUCUGAAGUAAAGGAAAAGUAAAAGAAACCUAUAAUCAAUGAUUUG